AGCAGCUCCACACACAUACAGAGUUACAUCCAGAGGUUCAGUGCUGGCUGCAGACUUGCAGAGACAACAUGAAAGCAGCCUUUUUGCUGUUGCUGUGUUACUUGGCCACUGGUUGUGCCUGGCGCUGUGAUGAGGGUCCACGGCUGUAUAACGCGGUGCAGAUUGAUGCUGGGCAGGGAAAAGUCAUUGUAAGAGACACAAACGGCUUUGUGUACUUCCUGCUGGGGAGGUCUUGGUACAGAAUGACCACCCUAAGAUUCAAGCAUUCCUCGAUUGGACCUGCAGGACUUUGGGCAACAAGCACUGCAAACAGGGUCUACAAGUUUGUAUCUGGAAACUUUCUGCUAGCCAAUGGUCUGUCUCUGCAGCAGGUGGAUGCUGGAGGUGAUGGUCAACUUGUAGGAGUUAGUACUUCCUCCCAAGCCUACUGUCUGAGAAACACCAUCGCCUCACCCUUCAGUGGAGCAGGCACCCUCAGCUGGACUGCUCUGUCAAGGGUUAUGAAGUACAUCAGCUGCAGCCCAGACAAAGGAUGCUGGGGAAUUGACACAAGUGAUCGCAUCUACUUCACACAGAGAAUGAUACCAAACACCUGCCAAGUUAGUGGCUGGGUACUAGUUUCUGGGGCUGCGAUAAUGGUUGAAGUGGGAACUGAUGGAAACGUUUUUGUGGUGAAUAAGUCUGGCCAGGUGUACCAAAGAGUGGGCAUCUCCAGUCGUUACCCACAAGGCACAAGUUGGUCCUUGAUCUCAAUGUGUACAACAAUCCGCCAUGUGUCCUAUGACCUGCGCACCCUUUGGGUGAUCUCUAACUCCGGUUUGAUCUUGAAGUGCACACACUGAUAGUACCUGUAUGGCAGGUGUGAUAUCUUUUUCACAGGCAGAAAUCUCUUUAAGUAGCGUUUUGGCUGUCAUCUCUAUUUUUCUUCAGAUUAUUCAGUGUGAACUACACAAUGAAUAAAUCAUUUGCAAAUUUUUUUUGGAACUAUUCACUGGUCUUAUUAGGCUACUCUAUAUUUUUACAUUGAGAACAGUGAGGAUUAAAGCUGCAAGUAAUAAAUUCGAAAUUUUAGUUCUGAAAUGAUGAAGCAUCAGUGCAUAACUCUAAUUAUUGUUCAGACUCUAGAAUAUUGCUUUAUGGGUAAGUCUCUUGGGACAGACACUAGAAAUGGCAAAUAACAUGGCAAAUUAUUUUUUAUUCAAAUGUAUUGUACUGUGAAACAUGAAUGAUAAAUGACAAUAACAUUAAGAGCGCAAGAGUAUCUUAAUGCAGUAAGAAUGUUCCUUUAGGACAAUGGAUGAUUUAAAUAUAUCAGGCAACCUCCACCUGCCAGGUGCCAUACUUUCUGAUGUGUUAAUAAAUGAUAAUGAAUGCAAUUUCAUCUGGCUGUUG